AUGAACAUGAACAUGAACAUCCACAGUUCCAGUGAGAUGAACAUGAACAUGAGCAAGACCAUCUACAAUUCCGGUGAGAAGAUGAACACUAGAAAAAGAAGAAACAAGAGGAAGAACAAGGCCACCCCCAUCCCUCAUGUUGAUCAGGGGACCAACAAAUAUGCCAACGCGGUGCCUGCAGAUCUGUAUGAUCUGGAUGAUGAUGAUGAUUUUGGCAACUUUAACAUCAAUGAACAAAAUCUGAUGUGCCAAGCCGUCAAAGUCGCAGAAGUCGCAGAAGCCCGCCGGCAAGAGGCUCAGGAGAGAUAUAGACAACUCCAAUUGGAGCCUACAAUGGACGCCUCAGAUUGGGAGUCGGAUGGGGAGGAUCGUGAGUCAGUCCAUGACAAAUACUCUCCUCCAAGUCAGCAGGGACAAAAAGAAGACAUGGUCCCAAUUUCUAGCAGGCCUGUCAUUAAGAUCCUUGAGUCUGAAUUUCAGAGACUUGCAGGAGAGGAGAAGGAAGCAGUCCGACUCAAGGGUGAAAUGGCUGCCUUAUCUCAGGAAGUGAACCUGUUAAAAGAGCAGCUCAGACAACAGGAAGAGAAAGCCACCUCUGAAAAGACACGCCUGCUCACUGAAGUGUCAGGUAAGCUAGAGAAAGCAGGAGAGGCAGUCCUUGAAAUCGAAAAACUUAAGGAGGACUGUGAAACUGAAAAGAGGAAGCGGAGCGAGACAGAGGAGUGCCUGGCCCAGCAAACAGAGCUGACCUCCAGACUGCAGGCUUAUAUGGACAAGGCCGUCACUGAGGUGCAGUACCAAUGGUGGCAAGACAGAGCCCAGCUCCUGGGGGACGUCAUGCAUCUCCGUGCUGCACUUCACCAUGCACAAGUGACACAGGAGAACCAGAGGCUUCUGUGGGCUGAGCAGCAGGCCAAGGUGACAGAAGACAACUGUCACACUACAGAGCCAAACCAGGUCCAAGAAGAAACUGCCACCGAGAACCCUGAGAGGGAGGAGGACAAGACUUCUCUCCUGGAUCAGAUGAAAGAAGAGCUGUCCACCGUCAAGGCUGAGCUGAAACAGACUCAGGAAGAUCUGCAGACCAAGACCUGCCAGUGGGAGGAUGAGAGAUCCUGUCUUCUGACUGACAAAGAGGAAAUCUGCAGAUUGAAGGCUGCUCUCGAGAAGGCUGAGGAAGAUCUGAAGAAGCAGAACCAGCAGGUGGAUGUACUCUCAGGAAAAGAUGGGUCCAGGAAGAUGAGAGCUUCUCUCAACCAGGCCCAGAAAGACCUGAAGAAGAAAAACAAACAGUUGGGGGAAGAGAGAGCAUGUGUCCUCUUCCUCAAGGGGGAAAAUGGCAAGUUAAAGGACGCCCUAGCCAAGGCUCAAGAGGACCAGCAGCAGUGGGAGGAGGAGAGAACACAGCUCCUCUCAGAGAAAGAAGACGCCUCCAAACUAAAGGAAGUCCUGAGUCAGACCAAAAAAGACCUAAAAAAUGAAAGAAAACAAUGGGAGGAGGAAAGGACUCAUCUACUCUUACAGACAGAGGAGUCCUCCAAGUUAAAAGCUGACCUCAGCAAAACUCAAGAGCAGCUGAAAAAAAAUAGACAGCAGUGGAAUCAUGAAAGAGCUCGCAUUCAGCAGAAACUGGACUCCUGCAAGCUGAAAGAGGACCUCCACCAGUUACGAGAACAGCUAAAGGACCAAAAGAACAAGGCGAAUAAAGUGAGAGCUGACCUUAUUCUGGAGCAAGAAUCCUUAAAGGGCAAGCUCAUCCAGGCUCAGGAGAAGCUGAAGGCUCAGGACAAGGACUUCUCAGGUCUUUUGAGAGAAAAAGAGGAGGAAAGAAGCCGGAUAAGAGCUUCCCUAGAUGAGGUCCUGGAAAGUGAUGAGAACCAGAAGCGCAAGCAUCACGAGGAAGUCAGUCAGCUGAAGUCUGCUCUUCAUCAGGCUCAGGAGGACCUGUCCAGGAAGACAAGUCAGUGGGAAGAGGACAGGUCACAGCUCCUUGCAGAAAAGGCGAAAUCUUUUACUUUGGAGACCUCGCUAAACCAGGCCAAUGACGAUCUGGAGAGACACAAGCUCCAGUGGCAGAGAGAGAAAGCCUCGCUGAUGGAGUCCAUCCCCGUCAUUCAGCAGGAUUGUGAAGUGAACGAGACUGAGAUUCAGACUCAGACAUCCCCACCAAAUGAUACUGAAAUGGAUGAACUGAGGAGACUGGACGAGCAGUUGGAGGCGGUCAGGAGGCCAUCAAAGAGGUCUUUGAAGAAAAGGUUCACGGGGCUCUUUAAAAGAGACACACAGACCUCUUGA